AUGCUGCAUAUCAGUGUUGAAAGAAGCCUAUUUGAUGACCAUGUGGAUGUAAAUGAUAAAGAAGUCUUGCAGAAGAGAUACAAUUUUUUAGAGAAAGAAAUGAUCGUACCUCCAAAUAAUAUUAAAACUAUUAUUGAUAAAACCGCUACGUUUGUUAAAAAAAAUGGAAAGAAUUUUGAACAGAAAAUAUUUAGGGAAAAAGAAAAACAGUUUGGUUUUAUUAGUCCUACACAUCCUUAUUUUUAUUAUUAUCAAUAUAAAUUACACGGGUUAUUUUUAGAUAUUGAAGAAAAGGAGGAAUUAAUCCCACAUGUUAUUAAAGAAAUAAAAAAAAGAGAAGAUGCCAAUAAAUAUACUAAUAAUGAACAUAUUUUAAAAAUAUGUGAUUUUAUAAAAGAAGAUGAAAAAGAAGAAAAGAAAAAUAUUAUAUAUUCUAUAGAUGAUAUAAAAAAUAAAGAUAAAUUAGAAAAUAACAAUAAUUUAAAAAUUCAAAUUCAAGAAGAUAUAUAUUCAUUAAUAUCCCCAUUUAUUACAUCUCUAGAUAUUGAUUUAAUAAAAACAACUGCUUUAUUUGUAGCAAGAAAUGGAAAAUCCUUUUUAAAUGGAUUAAUAGAAAGAGAAAAAAAUAAUAGCCAAUAUGAUUUUUUAAGAGCUAAUAAUUUAUAUUUUAAUUAUUUUUCAAAAUUAAUAGAUAUCUAUUUAAAAUGCUUAUUACCAAAUGAUGAUGUGUUAGAUAAAAUAAAAAAAUAUGCAAAUAAUAAAAGUAAUAUCUUAAAUUAUUCAUAUCAUUUAUAUAGUCAUAAUAGAAAAAAAAAGGAAGAAGAAGAACGGAAACUUGAAGAAAAAAAUAAUUCAGACACAUAUUAUGAUUGGAACAAUUUUUCUAUUGUCGAAACUAUUAAUUUUGACGACAAUCUAAGUAAUUUACCUUGCUCUAUUGAUUUUAAUAAUGUCGAAAAUUAUGUAAUAAGUGAAUUGUUUGAUACAGAUAAGAUUUAUACAAAUGAAGAAAAAUUAAAUAAUAUUUCUUAUCACGAAAAAAAUGUUUUUAAGACUAUAGAUCAAGAGGAGUUAUAUGAAGAUCAAAUGGGAGAAGAUAAUAAAUAUGAUGAUAAUUAUAAUGAUACAUAUAACAGUUCAUAUGAUAAUAAUUCUAAAGCAUAUGAAACAUCUAACAAUUUUCAAAAUAACGAAUAUGAAUACAAAAAUAUACAUGAUAGUGAUGAUUCAGAAAAUGACAGCGCAGAAUGUGUAAUUGAAUAUUCUAAUUCACAUAAGAAUGAACUAAAUAAUGAUAUAUUAACUAAAGAUAAAUUAUUAAAUAAUAAUAUAGAAAAUAAUAAGAACGAAGAAAAUAUUGUUGUUAUACCAAAUUAUGGAAAAAGUCGAAAACAUAAAUUGCUUAAAGAUAAAAUGCAUAAAUGUCCAUUAACAAAUCAACCAGUAGAUAUUAGUGAUAUGUCUAAACAUUUGAAAACAUUAUUAUUAGAUCCACAAUGGAAAGAACAAAAGGAUAAAUUAUAUGAAAGAGCAAAAAAAGAAUCAUCUUUUAUGCCUUUAGAAGAUAUAGAAGGAAAUCUAUCACUUUUUGUUAUUAAAAGACCUGAUCUUUUUGGAUCUAUUGAUGAAGAAAUUAAUGAUCAUUCAACAAAUGAAAAUAAAAAAAAUUCUCAAAUUAAUCAAACAACAAAUGCAAAUGAUGUAUAUAGUUAUAUUCAAACUAUAUAUACAAAAAUUUUACCAGGACCUGCUAUGGACCAUAUUUCACAAAAUGACACACCAUUAACUAAUAAUAAUAUACCUUUAAAUAAAAAAGUAAAACGAAAUUAA